AUGAACUCCCUCCUUUCCAUGUACUCGAAGCACUCUAUGAUUGACUCCGCACGCCUACUGUUUGAUACAGCGCCGCUGAGAGACACCAUCACUUGGAACUCGAUGAUAAACUGCUAUAUCAGAAAUGGGUAUACCUUUGAAUCCAUGGAAAAGGUCCGGGAGAUGCACUCGUUGGGAUGCACGCUAAAGCCCGAGCUGCUUGCUGCCGUCCUUUCAGUUUGCGGUCACGUACAGAAUUUGAGCCUUGGAAGCGCCAUUCAUGCUCAUGCAAUUCAGAAUGGAGCAUCUGAGGCAUGUGUUCUCUUGCCUACCGCCUUGGUUGACAUGUACUCGAGAUGCCAAGAUUUGGAUGCAGCUCUAAAGGUGUUUAGUCUGAUGCCCGAGAGAAAUGUUAUUUCUUGGACAGCAUUGAUCACAGGCUGCAUAACAAAUGGAGUACAUGAUUUGUCACUUGAGAUGUUUCGAGAGAUGGGAGUGGAAGGAAUUAAACCAAACAGGGCAACACUAGUUACCGUUUUGCCGGCUUGCGGUGCAUUGGGUGCUUUGAAGCAUGGGAAAGAGAUCCAUGGCUAUGUUUUCCGACAUGUGUUCGAGUUGGAACCUCGAAUAGUUGGAGCUCUGAUAGACAUGUAUGGUAGAUGCAAGGGAGCAUUUAAUCUGGCUUCCCUUGUUUUUGAGAGAGCUGAGGAAAGAGAUGUUGUCAUAUGGAGCUCGAUGUUGGCAAACUCCUCUAGGAAAAGCGACUAUGUUGGAACAAUGAGACUUCUGCAUCAGAUGAAGAAAGAUGGGAUCAAACCAAACUCAGUCACAAUGCUGGCAGUGAUUGCUGCCUGCAUUGGCCUCGCAUUCAUUGGUUAUGGGCAAGGAGUACAUGGCUGCAUUCUAAAAUCUGGCCUUAUUUCAGAUGCUAUUGUUAGAAAUUCUCUCAUAGAUAUGUAUGCUAAAAUUGGAUGUCUAGAUUCUUCCAUCCGAAUCUUUUCUGAGAUGCCUAUAAGGGAUUCAAUCUCAUAUGGUAGUAUGAUUGCGGGCUAUGGUCUGCAUGGUCAUGGAUAUGAUGCCUUGAGGCUUUUUAAUGAGAUGUUAGAGAUGGGAGUCAAACCUGAUGGCAUCACAAUUCUUGCAGUUUUGUCAGCAUGUAACCACUCGGGUCUUGUUGAUGAGGCAAGGAAGCUAUUUGAUAACUUGGGCAGAAGUUGUGACAUUCUUUUGAGUCAAGAGCAUUAUGCUUGCUAUAUUGAUCUUCUGGGGAAAUCUGGAAAGCUUGAAGAUGCCUGCGAUGUCAUAAGAAACAUGGAUAUGAAACCAAGCCCCAAAAUUUUGAGUUCAUUGGUAUCAGCUUGCAGGACCCAUGGCAGAUUUGAGGCGGCAGAGCAGUUGGCCUUGUGGCUGAUCAAUUCUGAACCAGAGAAUGCAGCAAAUUUUACAUUAUUGUCACUGAUGUAUGCUGAGGUCGGUAAUUGGUCUAUGGCAGAGGAGAUUAGGAGGGCAAUGAGGGAAAGAGGAUUGAAGAAGAGCUCUGGGAGCAGUCAAAUCCAAAUGGGAGCACUGUGA